CAAAAUCCUCUCCGAACGUGCUCUGCAAUAUGGAUAAGUGGAAAGUUAAGGGGAAAAAAGUAUGCAAAUUGUGUACCAUCUUAAAUAUAUCCCGUCCCAUCCCAUCCGGCUCCUUAAAACCUAAAAGCGAAUCAGAAUUAAUUAUUUCCGCAAAUUUGCAAUUUUGCAAAAAAAAUAUACAACUUGUUUUUAGUUUUUUUAAGUGAAGGAGAGCUAUAAUUUUUCAACUAUGUGAUUAAAAGUAUGCAAAUUCUACAUCAUCUUACAUAAAUAUAUCCCAUCCUAUCCGGCUCCUUGCUACAGGAAAUAAACGCUAAAAACAAAUCAUAAUUAUUUUAGCAAACUCGCAAUUUUGCAAAAAAAUGUGACUUGUUAUAAGUUUUUUAAAGUGAAGGCGAACUAUAAUUUUGUGAUCAUGUGAUUUUUAAAAAAUUUCUGAGAAAAGUAUACGUAGUAAUUUUUGUGAUAUUAAAUUUUGUGGUAAGUUUUUUUUUCUAAAAAAAUGGGCAAAUUUUGGGUGCAACCAAGCUUCCGGGGAUUAGCAUAUCUUGCCGCGGGAAAUUUCUUGGCAAGGAUCAUCCUGUUCUUGGAUAAACUGGCCAAUUCGUUUUUCUCCUAUGAAAUGGUGCUGCUAUACAGUGCCCACCUGGACACCCACAUUCUACUCUUUUUCCAAGCCGUGUUCAUGAUUCCGGUAGCUUUCUUGGGGCUACUGGUUUUCUACGGGGUUGAAAAGCAAUCCUUCAACCUCGUUCUGUAUCCGACGUUGAUGUUACUUUUCCUAAUUUUGCUACGAUACGGGGCAGAAGCCGCGUUGAUUACGAUUCACUGGGAGGACCACUGUUUGGACAGAGGGGCGAAUUUAGUCUUCUACUUUGUCCUUGACCUCCUCGCUAUAAUCGUGCUGCUCAUCUACAUCUACGUCUCGCUCGCGGCGCCAACCGCGUCCGAAACGAUAACGCCAUCGAGGAUGAACUCGUUACGGAGAAGGCUCCAAAGACUGCACAACUUCCGAACGGGAGAUGUCGGAGAGGAUUUAGAAGCUGCUGGGCUAAAUUCGAAGAGUAGCACCGACCCGUUAAUCACGCGCGUGACGGGUGUAACCAAGAAGAAGAAAAAGCCACCAGCGCCACCUCCCGAGGACGUCAUUAGUCUGGAAGAGGCUUUAAAAAUCCCGCCCCCGCGGCCACCCCCGUCGCCCAAAUUUAAUUACAAACUCCGCCGAAAUGUCGCCCAUUUGGAGAAAGACGAGGAGAAAGUCCUCGUCCAAGAGUUGGACAAGCAGAGGUUACGAAAUUCGCAGAUUUUGCAGGAGGACGAAGAAGGCGAAAAAUUAGCCGAACGCGAUACCGAAUCUCCCACACCAACUUUCACCCUAAGUUUAAAAAAAGUUUUACCAGUUUACGAAAACGAGCCGAAAAGAAGGUCUCUCCUUUUUGAAACGGAUUUGGACGAAGUCGCAAAUUCCGUCAUGUUCCAAGGACAAACCGGAAGUCGUCCCAUUACACCGGAAGUGAAGUCAUCGUCAUCAAGGGGAAGUCGUCCAAUCACACCGGAAGUGAAGGCCUCGACACCGGAAGUGAAAGCAUCACCAGUUGAACCAAACCCAUCGCCUCUUCCCCCUGUCGAAAAUGAUAAGCCCGACCAAAAUUGUAAACCGGAAGUUGAUAACCCUGUCGAAGAAGAUGACGAUGAGUGGGAGUACGAAUACGAAGUGGAGGACGAACCAGAAAAUGAUAAGGCAGACGAAACUGCUUUACCACCCGAAGAAGAAACCAGAGUAAAAGUGGAAUCGGGUAAAAUUCCGGAAGAAGAAAUAUGUCAGCACGAACCGGAAACCACAAUUUCUGAUAAAGGAUUCAAAACGACGGCGGUAUGAUGAAGGGGGCUGAAUUCGAAUAAUUUCAAAAUGUUUAUGGGGUAAAAAAUGUGUAAGUUUAAAUUAUGUGUCAAUCUGUUUGUUUCGUGUAUGGAAAUAAAAGCGAAAAUUUCUUUUAAAUUCGAUUCAAUAAA